UUGUCACAUUUUCAGACAGAUACAAUUGAUUGAGUGUGUAUUGGUAGAAAUAUUGCAUAUAUGUACGUGCAUUAAAAUAGUACACCGAUGAAUCACUGCGCCAUCUGACUCUAUAGAUACAGAAUUAAAAUCAUAGAUAGAUUUUUAUCUCAUAACUUAAAGAUAUUAACCUAAUUAUGGCUGAAUAGUGCGCAGACGCAUCGUAGUCAUAUGAUAAAAGAGGAACUUGAAGGUCUAGUAGGAUAACAUUAUUCUAACCUUAUUUAAAUUAGCAGUAAUUGGCAUGUGACCAUAGAUGAUGGAUGUUGUCAAUAAUAAUGAAAUAAUUUUUGCAUCUUUGUCUAUAUUUCUACAAAGAGAAACUGAUUUAUAUAUUUUAAAAUAUGAAAAUACUUGAAUACGUAAUAAUUGAAUAGAAUCUAAACGUCAUGAAGAUAUUGGAUGAUAUAUAUUGUCCCAAGCAAUAUUAUUCAACAUUUACAAUGCUAUCAGAUAUACUGUCAUUUGAAUUAUAAUAUUGUAUUAUUUUCUUGAUCUUCUCUUGAUACUUGAUAAACAAAUUAAUUUAUUUAUAGCAAUAUAUUUUUUUUAUAAUCAGAAGAAUGUGUGAAGAUAUACAUGUGAAAGAACAAUGGCAACUUCUACAGAACCUCAGGUCUACAGUAGAAGGAUUGCUGAUUGAUGGUAUAGCAAAUGUAUGGAAUGUUUAUGGUGGUUUAAAUCGAUUACAUAAUGCGAUGGAACAAAUCUUUAAACAUGGUUGUCGUAUAUUCAAUUCUAAUGGUGAACCAGAUUGUUGGACUUUUAUUCAAGGAUUAAAUUGGCUUCAGCCAUCGUUAGUAUUAUCACCUAUAGUAUCUGAAAAUGAAGAUUAUUUUUCUAAUUUACCUGCAAAAAUAAUUUCUCAAAAGGAUAUGUUAUGGUUGUACAAAAGUUUGGAAAGCCACAACCUAUCUCAUAAACUAUCCUGGCUUUUGUCUGAUAAGGAACAUUUACUUUCUUGUCUUGAACCAUGGGCUUUCCUAUGUCAAGAAAACUUAGCAGAGGCUACACUCAUAUGUUUAAAAGCUGUGGAAAGGAAUCAACCUGUACUUCUUACCGAGAUUGAUCCAUGUUUAUUUCAACCAAACUGGAUUUCUUCUAAUUUAAGCCCUAAAAGACAUAAACGUUCCUCAUCUUAUCCUGCCAACUUUUGUUCUACAACUGUUGGUAUACUCAGAGAGAGAAAAGUACACAUUCAAACAAACAGUCAGUUAGAGCCAUUCAAAAUAUCAUGCACGAAUAGAAGUGUUAAAAAUGUUACCUCUGAACAUAACCAAGAUAGUAUUAAUAAAAACAAUGUAAAUAAGAUGGACAAAAUAAAUGAAAUAUCUUUGAAAACUUGGAACAGUCUUCCAACAUUAGAUGACUCUUAUAAGAGUUCUUCAGAAAAUUCAAUUGUUUUGAAGUCUAAUGAAAAUACUUGUGUGCACAAAACUGUUAGAAUUCGUACACCUCCUGUUGAGUUGUCAAAAAUAAUUCACAUAAAUUACUCAGAUGUAAAACGAUCAACAAAUUCUGUGAAUGAAAAAGUAGCAACAAAACCAAAGACUCCUACAAGAAAAAUUAGGAACAAAUUAAAAAUAGCGCAUGAUAAAGAAAUGUUAAACACAUCUAGUGGAAGUUCAAAUACUUUAAAUUAUGAGGAUUCAAUAAGAGCAGCAGUUGAAGAAUGUUGUAUUUCAUCGAAAAACACAGAUGGAAUACAUUUAAAGAAAUCUGCGACUAAUUCAAAUGGUAUAAAAAUUGAUCAAAAAUUAAAAAAGAAAACUACUUUUUUGCCAGGAUCUGCACCUGAGUUUUCUAUUUCAUGGUCAAUAGAAAUUGAAGGACAAAAGGAUAUUAGAACACCAAAGAAAAGUUUUAUGGAGGAUGGAGGGAGUAGUGUCCAACCCAUGGCUACAGGAUAUUUUCCACGGCCUAUAGAAGGACAAAGCUUGACAAGUUUUUUGUCUUCUGCACAAUUUUCUAAAGCUAAUGCUGAAUUAGAUAGAGAAAAUGCACAUUUUAGUAUUUCUGAAGCUAUGAUAGCCGCUAUUGAACAAAUAAAGUGUAACAGGCAAUGGUGUCUUGUAAAUGAAACUGUUGAUGAUAGUGAUGAAGAAAUUAAUAAUCUUAAACAAAGAAUACGAAUUAGACGACGUCAACGACAAGAAGAACGAUAUAGAGGAAGAACAUGGAAUCGUGAUUUAUUUAGUGAUGGAAAGACUGACACAACUACUACUGAUCAAAGUGCGAGUCCCUUGUCAAGCUCUUCUAAUACUCCAUCUGAUAGUAUUUCAACAGAUGAUGUAGAAAAUAUAGAAGUAGAUAAUGUAAGCAUGACAAAAUUAAAAAGUUCUGGAAUAUCUGCAUCUAUGGCUUCACUAUAUUCUGACACUGAUUUGCAUCAAUUUAAGCAAGGUUUAGAAUCGUCACAAAAUGGAAGUAUUAUAUCUGCAGAAGGUGUAGCAUUAUCGCUUAUUAGUAGAUUUAGUGAGAAACAGCUCCCACGAGCAAGUGAGUUACAAUGGCUUGUCUCUGAAAAAGAUGCUCCACAACAAUUAUUACCAUUACCAAAAAGCUGGCCUGUUAGUCCAGAUGAAGUUGAAACAGAGGAAUCUAUCCCAUUACGUGGAACUAUAGAAUGGGCUCCACCUAGACCACAGAUUAUAUUUACUCCACAUCCUCCACCUAUGAGACGAACUUUAAUAGCUAAACAGAAUUAUAGAUGUGCAGGUUGUGGUAUGAAAGUUGCAGUCAAAUAUGCUAACAAGUUUCGAUAUUGUGAAUACUUGGGUAGAUAUUUUUGUACUGGUUGUCAUACGAAUCAAGUAACUCUAAUACCUGGAAAAAUUUUAUCAAAAUGGGAUUUUAAUAGAUUAUUAGAUCAAAUGAUGCUUGAUCCAUUGUUUCAAAUACAGGAUUUAAAUGCUUCAUUGUACAGACGUAUAAAACAGUUAGAGAGAACAAGAAUACUUCGUACAAAGUUAUUUUUCCUGAAAGAUUUUUUAUAUACUUGCCGUUUUGCAGUAAAUGUUCAAGAUAUUUUAAAGAAAGAGUCAAAUUAUAUAAUAAAUGAUCCACAUGUGUAUUCUAUUCAAGACCUGAUGUAUGUUAAACUUGGUAUAUUACCGAUGCAGUUACAAGAAUUAAUCGAAGUGUGUAAUGCACAUGUUGCUGCUUGUGAAUUAUGUCAAGCAAGAGGAUUCGUAUGCGAAGUAUGUUAUUCUAAAGACGUGAUAUUUCCAUGGGAAUUGUCUAAAAUUACUCGAUGUGAAAUUUGUGGAGCUUGCUUCCAUAAUGAAUGUAAACGAACUUCAAAUAAACUAGAAUGUAAACGUUGUAAUCGUUUGCAAGCUAGACGAGUAUCGAGACAAGAAGCGCUUUGACAAAAGGUAAGAAUAUUUUCAACUAUAGAAACACCAAUUAAAUUAGAAUGUAAACGAUAAAUUUUCGAAAAUUUUUAAAUUAUAUAUAAAUUAAAUUUUUUAUUAUUUAUAAUUGAUUGUAUAUUUUUCUUCUCCUUAUUUAAAAGAAUUUUUAAUAUUAUUAAAGAGUAAUCUCUUUGUAAUCAUAAUUGAUAAUGUUUAGUAUGUUCAAAUUCUCAAUAUCAGCAUAUAAAGAUUUUUUGGUUCCUUUUAAUUAUUAGCUAUUUAUUUAGUAUUAAUAAAAUGUGCAUAAAUAAUAGUGACGUGGAGUAUUUGGAUAUUACUAAUAACAAUAUUAUAAAUACUAUCCAUACCUAUAUAUAAUAUUAUAACAUACAUUAUGAUUAGUGUUUAGAAUGUAUCUUAAUCUCAAUAGAAUUGUUUUAUUUAUCAGUUAUUAUUGUAACAAUACUUUGUGCUUAAUGAUAUACUGAUAAAUAAAACACAUUGUAUAUUAAGAGCACAUUUUAAAUGCAUAUCAUUAGGUAUGGUAAGACUGACAAAAUUGUGAUAUUCAAUACUAAUUUUCUCAAUUAUAUAUCUUUUAUUUAAUAAAUACAUUUUAAGGGAAGAUAUAUAUCUUUUUGCUAGCAAUUGUUACCGCAAUAUAAAAAAAAGAAAAAUAUGAUAAACAUAUUCUAUCAAAAAAUGUUAUUUA